UUUAAGAAAAGUAGCCGCGCGUUCCGUACCACACUCGGUAAAAUAUACCUGUUUCACUCUUACUCUAUAUAUUUUAGUAUAGUGAGAUAGAGAUGGAAGAAAACAUGUGAUUUUUUAAUACUAACGUCAAUACGUCAAUGUCAGUCUAACACACGUCAUUCUCAUUCAUUGAAAUUGUUUGUGAAACUUGAAUCAAUCUCGUUGAGAUAGAUGUAAGAUUCUAAUUGGUUACAUUAUUGUUUUGUGGCAAAAAGAACUUUGAACAAAGUGGUAACAAUACUUUAAAAAUGUUUUCAGCGGCUAUCUUUAUGUGUUUUGCUACAUUUUUUAUACUUAGUAGUAAUGCUGAAUUCACAACCGAAGAUUGUGCAUCGCUUGGAUUCAUCAAAGCGAACCUACUAUGUUCGUCCUGUGAUCAACUGAAAGAUUUUGGGUUAGAACAACUAAUGGCUCAUUGUAAGGAGUGCUGUCAUCAAGAUGAAACUGCACCAAAAGAGAAGAAGUAUGCUCGUGCCAUACUAGAAGUUUGUACAUGCAAGUUCCCGGCGUAUCCACAAAUUCAAGCAUUCGUAAAGAGCGACAGACCGGCUAAAUUCCCUAAUCUACAAAUCAAGUAUGUACGCGGUCUAGAUCCAAUCAUCAAAUUGUUGGAUAAAGAUGGAAUUGUAAAGGACACUGUGGCUAUAGAAAAGUGGAACACAGACUCGGUAGAAGAGUUCUUAAAGGCCCAUCUUGAAAACGAAGAGGGUGAUGAACAUGAUUAUUUAAAAACAAAUAAAAUUUGAUUAGAAAAGUUAUAGGCUAUAAGUUAUACUUAAUAUAUGCUUUUUUAAUUCCA